AUGAGAAGUGAAAGGCGGUGUGGAGUGGGAGGCCAGAGGAGAGCUCACUGUGGGAAAAUCUUCACAGCCUUUGCCACGUUCCUCCUCCUGGCAUUUGCAGACACACGAGAGCUGCAGUUCUUGCACUUCUCCCUCUUCCUGGGCAUCUACUUGGCUGCUUUCCUGGGCAACGGCCUCGUCAUCACAGCUGCAGCAUGUGACCACCGUCUCCACACUCCCAUGUACUUCUUCCUGCUCAACCUCUCAUUCCUCGACCUUGGCUCCAUCUCCACCAUUGUCCCCAAAUUCAUGGCUAAUUCCCUGAGGAACACCAGGGCCAUUUCCUACUCAGGAUGUGCUGCCCAGGUCUUCCUGCUUGUCUUCUUUUUUUCAGCAGAGCAUUCUCUCCUCACUGUCAUGGCCUAUGACCGCUACGUUGCCAUCUGCAAACCCCUGCACUAUGGCACAGUCCCCCCCCAUUUUUCCUCCCCAACUCUGGAUCUGGUGCUGGCUGUUCUGUACUCCAUGGUCCCUCCAACACUGAACCCCCUCAUCUACAGCGUGAGGAACAAGGAGCUCCAGGAGACAGUGAGGAAACUGUUCCAGCUGGUACAAGUACAGCAGCCAUAG